AUGGCAGCUUGUGCCGGCAAGCUCGAGUUGCUAUGUAUAACUUGUGCCGGCAGGCUUGAGUUACUGCCGGCAAGUCAGGGGGGUCCGAAUCGGCCUGUCAAAAUAGCAGCUUAUGCCGGCAACCCCGAGUUGCAAUAUGCCAGUAAGGGCAUCCGCAGCCGGCCUCUAACGUCGGCAGCUUACAACAGCAGCUUAUGCCGGAAAGCUCCAGUUGCUAUAUCUCGUGCUGGCAAGCUCGAGUUGCUGUGUGCAAGUGAGGGUAUUUACAGCGGGCCUAUAACAUCAGUAGCAACUUUCAACAGCAACUUGCAACGGCAGCUUGUGCCGGCAAGCUCGAGUUGCUGUGGCAAGUUUAGCAGCUUGUAA